AUUUAUAUUUUAACCUUGACCUGUUAGAUGCUGCUGGUUACUUGUUCCUUUUUUCCGUUGAAUCUACACCUGUGGUGAAACAGUAGGACACUUUGACUUUUGCAGAAUGGCACAAAUGAAACGGAGAAACAGUUUUUAUCGUUCUUUCAAAAAUGUCGAGCCUGAUAUGGAUGAGUUUGAAAUGGACAGAGGAGAAACGGCAGCUGUGCAGAAUAAAUGGGUUUUCGAAAUUGCAUGGGAAGUUGCAAAUAAAGUUGGUGGUAUAUACACUGUGAUUAAAUCCAAGGCACCAGUCACUGUUGAAGAGUUAGGUGAACAGUACUGUCUGUUAGGACCUUACAAUGAGUCAUGUGUCAGGACAGAAGUAGAGUUACUGGAACCUCACCAUUACGUAUAUAGACAGACCAUACAGCAGAUGAGAGAUUGUGGAAUCAAGGUAUAUUUUGGACGUUGGUUGAUUGAUGGCUACCCAAAAGUAAUUUUAUUUGACAUUGGUUCAGCAGCUUGGAAACUUGAUGAGUUUAAACAUGAAUUAUGGGAGAAAGCUAAUAUUGGUAUACCAUGGCAUGAUAGAGAAUCUAAUGAUGCUGUUAUAUUUGGUGCUUUAGUAGCAUGGUUUCUUGGAGAGUUUAGGAAGAAUUUAUCAGAUGAAGGAAAACCACUGAUGAUCACCCAUUUCCACGAAUGGUUGGCAGGGGUUGGUUUGAUAUAUCUUAGAACCAGAAAAGUAGAUUGUACAACAAUAUUCACAACACAUGCUACCUUACUAGGAAGAUACUUGUGUGCAUCGUCAGCAGAUUUCUACAACAAUUUAGACACAUUCAGCCUUGAUAAGGAAGCUGGUGACCGACAGAUUUACCAUCGAUACUGUAUAGAAAGAAGUGCUGUACAUUGUGCACAUGUGUUUACAACUGUGUCUGAUAUCACGGGUGUGGAGGCUGAACAUUUACUCAAAAGGAAACCAGAUGUUAUUUUGCCAAAUGGAUUAAAUGUAAUCAAAUUUAGUGCUAUACACGAAUUCCAGAAUUUACAUGCUGUAGCCAAAGAAAAGAUCCAUGAUUUUGUUAGAGGCCAUUUUCAUGGGCAUUAUGAUUUUGAUUUAGAUAAGACACUAUACCUGUUUAGUGCUGGUAGAUACGAGUUUACAAAUAAAGGUGCAGAUAUGUUUAUAGAAGGUCUUGCCAGACUUAAUUACUUUCUUCAGCAAGCCAACAGUGAAACAACAGUGAUAGCCUUUUUAAUAUUCCCUACACGGACAAACAAUUUCAAUGUUGAGUCUUUACGAGGACAAGCCAUAGCUAAAUCACUAAAAGAAACUGUACACCAGGUACAGGGACAAGUGGGGAAAAGAUUAUUUGAAAUCUGUUUACGGGGAACAAUUCCUAAAGGAGAAGAUAUAUUGUUACAAGAAGAUUUAGUAAAGCUAAAACGAUGUAUAUAUGGAUCUCAGACAUCUGGUUUACCUCCUAUAUGUACCCAUAAUGUAGCUGACGAUUGGAAUGAUCAAAUACUGAAUGCAUUACGGAAAUGUAAACUAUUUAAUCAGAAAUAUGACCGAGUUAAAGUAAUCUUCCAUCCAGAGUUCCUUAAUUCAACCAAUCCUUUGUUUGGAUUAGAUUAUGAAGAAUUUGUACGAGGAUGUCAUUUAGGUGUCUUUCCAUCUUAUUAUGAACCUUGGGGAUACACACCUGCUGAGUGUACUGUUAUGGGUAUACCCAGUAUGACCACCAAUCUCUCUGGAUUUGGAUGUUUUAUGCAAGAUCAUAUACAGGAUCCUAAAUCAUAUGGUAUCUACAUCAUAGACAGGAGAUUUAAAAGUUAUGAUGAUUCAGUACAGCUGUUAGCUCAGUACAUGUAUGAUUUUUCUUGUCUUUCACGAAGACAGAGAAUCAUUCAGAGAAACAGAACAGAGAGAUUAAGUGAACUCUUAGACUGGAGAAAUUUAGGAGUGUACUACAGAAAAGCCAGGAAUUUAGCACUAGUGAGAUGUUUCCCUGAUGCUUUUGUUGAGGAUGAAAGCAGUGGUAAGAAGUUUGUAUAUCCCAGACCAGCCUCAGCAUUUACCUCCCCAGCAGGCUCUAGAUCAGCAACUCCUGCCCCAUCAGAAUCAGGAAGUCAGGAUGGUGAAGACGAGGAAGACGAAGAGGAUGUGGAAUACAGAUUGAAUGAUAAAGAAGAAACAAAAUAAAGCCAUUUGAUUUGUCAAAGAUGUUAUUAGAAAGAAGUUUUGAAAAAGAAUGAAUCUGAUUGGUAGAAAAUAAAACACUGUGUUACGAAUAGUGAAAUGAUUUAUUACAGAAUCAAAUAAAUAUAUUUAUCUGGUGUUUAGUGUGUGAUAUUGUAGAAGUGAAAUAACAUGUUACAGUCAGGUCUUGAGGCAGUAAUGGACUUAGUUCAUAAUGUUUUAAUGCUAUGCUGGUGCUGAAAUAUAUAUUUAUAAUGUUUUGGGCAAUUUUAGAACAAAAGUGCUGGGCAGUUUAGUUUUUUUUUUGUGUGUGCUGGUCCACAGUAAUACAACUAUAUUAACUGAUUCCUCAAAAGGAUUUUUUUUUUCAUAGAAUAAUUCUCAAAAAAAAAUUCCUGAAUAUUUGAGUUUCUUGCUUAGAAAUCACAAUAAAUUUUUUGGAAAGUUUUGAAUAUUUUUGUCUUCCGUUUGUUUCUAUUGUUAUUGAAUUCUAAUAGACCACUUCACAGUUAGUUCAGCCAUA